AUGGGAAAUGAAAAUGGUAGAAUGUUAUCUCCUGAGGAGAUGAGAAAUAGAGAGAUUGGGUUAAUGGAUGGUGAAAUGAGAAGAAAAUUAAAUACAAGAGCUUCAAAAUAUAAUUUUAUAAAAGGUGAAAGAAAUACAGGUAAAACAUGUUUCUUUCAUAGGUUACAAGGUAAACCAUUCUCACAUGAAUAUAGUCCUACUCCAGAGAUCCAAAUAUCACAUAUAAAUUGGAAUUAUAAAAAUACAGAUGAUAUUGUUGAUGUUGAAGUUUGGGAUGUUGUUGACGUCGCAACUACAAAGAAAAAGACAAAUCAACUUGUUACACAACAUAAUCAACAACAACAACAACAUCAAGAGUUGUCGGAUAUUGGUAGUACAACGAAUGAGUUCAAUCCACCUACAAAAGACGAUAUCUCACAGCAGAUUAAACGUGGACAGAGCGGAAGUUUCAAGAUACACUCUCUCGAUGCUCAGACCAUCGAUGUUAUGAAGAAUGCCAACGCCGUUAUCUUUAUGGUGAAUCCACAGAAACGUUGGACAUUCCAGUACGUCGAGAAGGAACUAAGAUUAGAUCAAACUAGAAUACAACAGCAACAACAACAGCAACAGCAACAAGUUCAACAAGCUCAGCAACAAGCUCUGCAACAACAAACUUCACCGAAUCAAAGCAAGUCACCGACAACAGCAGCAACUCCACAAAUACAAACACAAACCUCUCAACAAUCUUUAUCUACUUCGCUACCAAGCCAAAAGUCAGCUCCAAUGGCUAAUCCAAUUCCGACAACUGUAGCUUCACCAUCAGUACAAUCGAGUGGAAGUGGUGGAUUCUUUAGUAGAAUAUUUGGUAUGAAUAAAGAUGCAAAUCAACAGCAACAACAGCAACAGCAACAACAAGCAGCACAGCAGAAACAACAGCAACAAGUACAGCAACAGCAACAACAGCAACAACAACAGAAACCAGUUGUUCCAAAGAAAAUUGAAAAUGUAGAUGAAUUUAAUCCUGGUGAGAGUGGAGAAGAUAGUUUCUAUAGUGAUGAUGAGAGUAAACCUAAACAAUCAGCUGCCACUUCAUUCUUGAAGAGUGUGAUCAGUGGUGGCAGUGCAAAGAAGGAACCAGUUAAACCACAAGCAGAUUCCUUUGGCGACGAUGAUGACGAUGACGGAUUCAAUCCACUCGUCACUAAGAAUGAAGGUGAUGACAGCAGCGAUGAAGAUGCACAAGUAUUCUCAACACCUGUCAAACCAGUAGUCAACAAAACACCAGUUCAAAAACAAUCAACACCAAUACAAACACAAACAACUAAAUCACCAACUACUAAUAAUAAUAAUAGCAAUUUAUCAAAGUCACCUGUAUCCACUACCACAACCAAGGUGGCUACAUCAACUUCAACACCAACACCAACCUCCACCUCAAAGAAAACUACAGCAUCACCAGUAGCUGCCAAUUCAUUCGGUGGUGAUUCCGAUGAUGAUGACAAAGGUAAUCCAUUUGUAACAAAGAAUGAUGAUAAAGGAUUUUACAGUGACGAUUCCGAUGAUGAUGACAAAGCACAACAACAACAAGUUGUACCACCCAAAAAGACAACAGUAACUCCAGCCAAAUCACAAUCAGUUACCAUUACUCCAUCAAAAUCAUCAUCUCCCACUCAAAAAGUAUCGAGCUCACCAAUGUCAACUUCACCUAAGACACCAACUCCAACUCCAAAACCAAGCAAUGUAACAUCACCAUCUUCUACACCAAAACCAAAUGUACAACAAACUACAUCCAAAUCAACAACACCAGCACCAGCAGCAACAACACCUAAAAUACCUACACCUUCAUCAAAAUCAAAGAAACCUGUUGUCAUUAAAUUCAAUGAUGACGACGACGAUGACGAAGAGAAUGGACUAGUCGCCAAGAACGAAGGAGUCGACAGUAGCGAUGAAGAUGCUCAGGUAUUCUCAACUCCAGUCAAACCAACUACAACAACAAAAUCAAAAUCAGUAACAACACCAAAAUCAAAUAGUAAAGCUUCGAAUACUCCAACCUCUAAAUCCACAGUAACACCAGCACCUGCUCCAACACCAACACCUACCACAUCAGCAGAUGACUUUGUUCCGCCACCUGCCGACUUGGAUGAUUGGCUCGACGACUAA